UGAAGAAGCCAGUUUAAGACUCAGCCUAGUCAGGCAAGCCACUGGCACUUGAAGAUCUCAGCAAGCCUGGACACAAUGGUUUUUGCAUUUUGGAAGGUCUUUCUGAUCCUAAACUGCCUUGCAGGUCAAGUAAGCGUGGUGAAAGUAACCAUCCCACACCGUUUUGUGAAUGUGACUGUUGGAUCUGACAUCACUCUCGUCUGCACGUACACCACCUAUGUGGCCUCCAUGGACAAGCUUUCCAUCCAGUGGUCUUUCUUCCAUAAGAAGGAACUUGGGCCAAUUUCUAUUUACUAUUCUGAAGGUGGAAAAGCUGAAGCUAUUGGGCGGUUUAAAGAUCGAAUUGUAGGGUCCAACAGUCCAGGUAAUGCGUCUAUCACUAUUUCACAUAUGCAGCCAACAGACAGUGGAAUUUACAUCUGCGAUGUUAACAACCCCCCAGACUUUGUCGGCCAAAACCAAGGCAUCCUCAACGUCAGUGUGUUAGUCAAACCUUCUAAGCCCUUUUGUAGCAUUCAAGGAAGACCAGAAACUGGCCACGCUAUUUCCCUUUCUUGUCUCUCUACACUUGGAACACCUUCCCCUGUAUACUACUGGUAUAAAGUUGAGGGAGGAGACAUCAUACCAGUGAAAGAAAGCUUCAAUCCAGCCACAGGGAAUUUGGUUAUUGGAAAUCUGACAAAUUUUGAGCAAGGUUACUACCAGUGUACUGCCAUUAAUAGUCUUGGCAAUAGUUCCUGCGAAAUUGAUCUAACCUCUUCACAUCCAGAAGUCGGAAUCAUUGUUGGGGCCUUGGUAGGUACCCUCGUAGGUGUUGCCAUUGUCACCUCUGUUGUGUGCUUUGCAAGGAACAAGGCAAAGGCAAAGGCAAAGGAAAGGAAAAGAGCAUCUAAAAACACCACAGAGCUUGAACCAAUGACAAAAACAAGCCCAAGUGCAGAAGGAGAAGUCAUGCCAACUGAAGAUGUUACCCAGCUAGAAGCAUCCUCUGUUCAUGAGAAUGACCCUGCUAACAUUUUGGAGUCAGACCAUGAGCCUGAAACAGAGCCUGUCCCGAAGACUGACCCAGAGCCUGCUCAAGGACCAGAACCUAUUCCUGUACCUGAGCUUGAAAUCCACCUGGAACCAGAGCCACAAGUGGAGCUGGAACUGGAGCCAGAGCCUGAAUCUCAGCCUGGGGUUGUAGUUGAGCCUUUGUGUGAUGAGGAAAAAGGAGGGGUUAAGGCAUAGGUAUAGCAUUCCUCAUCAAGGAACCCAUCACGGGUGUUUUGAAUUUUGUCGACCUAACCAGUCUUAACCUUCUCCCUUCAUUAGGACCAGCCCUCUUCUAACAAAGGUGCUCACUCAUUCCUAGCAUGAAUCCAAAAUAAAUGGGUCAAAAUAAUGGUUAAGUGUAUCAAGGGUUCCUGUAUUACUAGUAUAGAGUACUUGCAAUUUUUCUAACAUGUAAGAAUAAGAAAUUAUAAAGCAAAUAACUUCUAAGUCAGUUAAGUUUUGCAAUAGCAACUGUGUUGUAUAUCAGAAAAAUAUUUUUACCUACUCCUUGUUGUUCCACAUUCACACAUGAAAUGUGGCAUUAAUGGGGCUCAGCAGGUGGCAUAGUGAUUAUGUCGCUGGACACCACCCCCUCCACACACAUG